CUUUUCAGGGCUGCAAUAUAAAAUUGUAUGAUCAUAAUGUCAGAAAAUAUUGAACUCCAAUAAGUGCUUUGGAAUAGAACUACUUCGAGUUAAGGGGCGCUAAAACAAUCGAUUGCAUUCAUCCACAGAUUAUUCUGUCAAAUAAAGGGUAAUUCAAAGCCUGAUGAUUACCCUGCCGUUAGGAAAUAGUGUAAUCUACCAUUGUUCAACUUUCUUAAUCCCUUAUUGUUCAGUUGUAAAAAAGAAAUCGGUUACAAGCAACACGGCGUUGCAGCCCUCGUUUUAGAAUAAACACAAGAAAGGCCACGGGGAAAUUGAAUCGCGGUUCCUGAAGAAUCGCGAGCAGGCACACCAAAACAUAUUUCUCCAGGUUUUCCGAUCCGAUCGAAAGAUCCCACAAUUCACACAAUGGAGCGGUACUUGAGCCGCCGCGAAAGUGGCUUCCACAUCCACCGGAGCGACGACAACUCCCUGAUGCGGCGGAUAUACAGCUCGAUGAACAUGUUCAAUAGCUACCACGCCAACUGCAAGCCCACGGAGGCGGGGCGCACAGGGGCCAUCUUCAACCUGGAGUUCAAUGCCGAUGGGAACGUUGUCGUGGCCGCCACGGAGAGGAAGUGCGUCCUAGUCUUCGACGCCAUCACACAGAAGGAGAUCUUCAAGGUACCGGACGCCCACACAGAUAGUGUCAACUGCAUCAAAUUCUUUGACGAGCGCCUCUUCGCCACCGGCUCCGACGACUUUACGGUGGCCCUGUGGGAUCUGCGGAACAUGAAGCAGAAGUUGCGCGUCCUCCAUGGCCACUCCAACUGGGUGAAGAACAUCGAGUACUCCUCCAAGGACAAGCUGCUCGUCAGCUCGGGCUUCGAUGGCAGCAUCUUCACUUGGGACAUCAAUUCGCAGACGGAACAGGGUCUAAUUUCGCAGCGCGUAUUUCAUGCCAGUGGAUUGAUGCGCUGCAGGAUUUCGCCCACGGGCGAUAAGCUGGUUCUCUGCACAAGCGGUGGAUACAUUAUGAUUAUCCACCAUCUCGACCUAACAACGCUGCACAAAGAUCUGUGCGGAUUUAGGCCCGGUAUCUACCGACUGAUGCAGUUGGGCGAACAGUACAUCCCACAGGCCGCAAAGUACGACCAUGUGUUCUCCAAGCGACAGAAGAAAAACCGCGUGGAGCUGGUCACCGACUUUCCAGAGAACAACGACGCCGAGAUGAUCAUGGCCUUGCAAAUUCACCCGCAUUGUUGCUGCAUGCUGACGAGGAACGUCAGCUGCGACGAGCAGAGCGAGUGGACCUGCAUCCACGACAUCAACGAGGAGCCGGUGCGCAGCGAGGAUGAGCAGGACGAGGUGGAGCCACAGCCCAAGAGAAAGCGAGUGUCCACCACACUGGCCAGCCGCAGCACGUUGAAUGAACCCGCCCAAGACCAGGAUACCGAUGGGCUGCUUCCCAGACAGCCACGUAGACCAAUGCGCGUCAGCACUGUACAGGUGUUCCAGUUGGAUAACGCUGGAACAGGCCGUGGGGCCUCUGUCAACGCAUCAGUCCUGACUCGUUCGGAUUCCUUCAUACCGGACAUCUGGGCGGCGGAGGUCACAGUCCAGGAGCGGGCCAUCCGACAAAACCGUGCACGCAUCUCCAAUAACCAUGUCAGCGGCUAUAACUUUGUGUACGCCAUCAGCAGCGGAGUGCUUCCGCUUCGACAAUCGGGGGCAAAUCGUCUGAUGGGCAACAGCAGCAGUCCUCGCCCCCUGUCUACCCCGCCGCCCACAGAGAGCAACCAGACCAGCAGCAGUAGCUCCAGUAACAGUAGUUCCAGCAGCAGUUCCAGCUCCAGCAACAUCAGCGACACCACGGUCCGUUUAGAGAUCGGCCAUAGGCUGCGUCUGCGACCUUUCAAUAGUCAUGUGACAACGCCAACGUUCAAGGAGAACGGUCAUUCAAUACUGGUGAAUGCCAAGAAACUGCUUUACUACGCCGCCGAGACCAACACCAAGCCGGGCUUUAUCAAGGAACCGGGAUUUUCAGCGGACGGUCGGGUAGUCUGCUCGCCGUACGGCAAUGGAGUGAGACUCCUAGGCUACAGUGAUGACUGCUGCGACUAUCCGAGAUGUCAGGCGUUUGAGGAGGUGAAGAGCAAACCGCGAAAGCUUGUUGAGCUAGCCGGGAUCACCGAGCACCAGGACGUCGUUCUGUGCGCCAAGUUUAGCCCCAGGGAACCGCUCCUUGUAACCGGAUGCAACGGUGGCGAGGUGACCUGGUAUCGACCCAAUCUGUAGACUUCAGUUGAGCCGCGCGAAGAGCGCUCACUGUCAAACUGUAUAUUUUAUUUUCCAUUUAGGCGUAAUUCGACUUAUUUCAAGCAUAUUUUGGCGAAAUACAAGGCACUCGAAAUAUGGUGGACCGAUAAAGCAG